AUGAGUUUCGAUAUGCGCGUGGCAGACCUUGGAGAUGAUAUCCGUAUUGCAUACGUCGAUGAGCUGUCACAAGGUCAGGAAAGCAAGGGAGUGAUCCUCUUGAUUCACGGCUUUCCUCAAACUUCAUAUCAAUUUCGCAAAGUCAUCCCUGGUCUUGUGGCAUCAGGGUAUCGUGUGAUUGCUCCUGACUAUCGCGGUGCAGGAAUGUCGUCCAAACCUGUGACAGGAUAUACAAAAUCAACCAUGGCGACCGACCUGAGAAACCUACUUACACAUCUUUUAAUUGUUGAGAAAGUACAUGUCGUUGGGCACGAUAUUGGUGGCAUGAUUGCGUGGGCCUUUGCAACUCGCUUUCCAGAUCACACAGCAUCAGUCAUUUGGGGCGAGUGCCCGCUCCCAGGCACGCGAUUCAUGUACGAGUGUCGUACUGUUAACGCGGUUCAAAAAUUCCACUUCGCCUUCCAUGCCGUGAGUGAUCUUCCUGAAGCGCUCGUUGCUGGUCGCGAAGACAUCUAUUUGAAACACUUUUACGGAAACGAAGGGUAUAAAGUCAGCGCUAUCGACGAGGAUGAUGUCAAUCAUUACGCGCAAAUGUAUCGCCGGCCAGGGGCUUUACGAUCCGCCUUUAACGUUUAUAGAGCUUUCGCCGAGGAUAUACGGGAGAACCAAGAAUGGAUAGAUAAAAAUAAGAAGUGUAGCGUGAGGGCAUUAUCCUUAUCUGGUGCCCUCAGCACCCAUACAGCCGCUGCCGAGGGAAUGAUGUAUGACGCUCACGAGGCAGGAACAUUUUCAGUCGCUGAACUCCCUGAAACCGGUCACUAUUUGGCGGAGGAAAGCCCCGAGGCAUUCAACAAAGCAGUAUUAGAAUUCAUCGAGCAGAAGCAGGCGAUCCAUAGUUAA